GCCCCGCGCCGAGGCAAGCAAUCCUAAAACGAAAUGGUACAUUGGGUUUUAUGAUGAGCGCAAUUUGGAAAACCCUAAUGCGAGAAGCCCCUCAGCGUGGGUGUUUCAGUCUCUUUGACAACCGCUAAAUUAGCUUUCCUCUCUGGUAAAAAGCUCUCGGGAGCAGGUUUUGUUGGGCUCAGCUUCUGCUUUGCAAAUGAUGAUGCGGAAAACCACCUUUACAGCGUCUGCUUCUCUCUUUGAGCUUCAACAACGACAGAAGGAUAUCGGUGUUUUUCCUAAAUUCUCUUCUUUCUUAUUCUUUUCUCACCAGCAAAUCACUACUUCUACAGCUUCUACCACCAAAAUUAGUCCUUCCUCGAGAAACAAUGGUGGGUUUUGUAAUAAUUAUAGCACUCUUCACAGUGUUGCCGACGCCGUUGCUUCUUUCAAUGAGUUGCUUAGCAUUCGUCCAAUGCCACCCCUUGUGGAAUUUAACCAGUUAUUAGGGUCCCUUGUCAAAAAGAAACAUUACUCAACUGUAAUUUCUCUCUACAAACAAAUGGAUUUGUCAAAUAUCAGACCUGACGUGUAUACUCUUACCAUAUUGAUUAACUGCUUCUGCCACUCCAACCAUGAUCAUUUUCAUUUUGCUUUCUCUGCUUUUGGUAAAAUGUUCAAACUUGGUCUUCCCCCUUCUAAUGUCACUUUCAAUACCCUAUUUAACGGCCUUUUAUCUAAGGCCAAAAUCACUGAUGCAGAAAAAAUGUUUGUUGAGAUGCUAAAGAUGGGGUAUGAACCUGAUGUGAUUACGUAUAGCACGAUAAUUAAUGGUUUAUGCAGAGCCGGCAACACGACCAGGGCUCUUCAUUUGAUCAAGAAGAUGGAAGAAAAAGGUUGUACGCCAGCAGUGGCGACAUAUAAUACCAUCAUAGAUAGCCUUUGCAAGGAUAAACGGGUAAACCAAGCCACUGAAUUCCUAUUUGAAAUGUUUGAUCGGGGCAUUCCACCAAAUGUUGUUACUUACAGCUCGAUUCUGCACGGCUUUUGCAACUUGGGUCGAUUGAAUGAAGCAACAAGUUUGUUCAAUCAAAUGGUUGAAAGGAAUGUUAUGCCAAAUACAGUGACAUUCACUAUUUUGGUUGAUGGACUCUGCAAAGAAGGGAUGGUUUCAGAAGCUCGGUGUGUUUUUGAAAGGAUGACUGAAAAGGGUGUAGAACCAAAUGUUUACACUUACAAUGCUUUGAUGGAUGGAUACUGUUUAAGAAGCCAAAUGGAUGAGGCCCAAGAAUUGUUCAACAUCAUGGUUCGCAAGGGUUGCGCACCUAGUGUUCGAAGUUAUAACAUAUUGAUCAAGGGGCACUGUAAGAGUGGAAGAAUUGAUGAGGCAAAAGGACUCCUUGCUGAAAUGUCUCAUAAAGCAUUGACUCCGGAUACUGUCACUUAUAACACUCUUAUGAAAGGUUUUUGCCAUGCAGGGAGACUUCAGGAUGCACAGAAGCUUUUUAAGGAGAUGUGUUCGUAUGGCCUGCUUCCGGAUUUGAUAACUUACUCGAUUGUGCUAGAUGGCUUAUGCAAACAUGGCCUUUUGGAUGAGGCAUUUAAAGUGCUCAAGGCAAUGCAGGAGAGAAGGAUAGAACCUGAUAUUUUCAUUUAUACUAUCCUUCUUCGAGGAAUGUGCAAUUUUGGCAAGCUUGAAGCUGCAAGGGAACUGUUCUCCAAUCUUCUUGUUAAAGGAAUACAACCUGAUGUGGUUACAUAUAAUGUCAUGAUCAGUGGACUUUUGAAAGAAGGACUAUCAACUGAAGCAUGUGAGUUGUUUAGAAAGAUGGCAGUUGAUGGCUGCUUGCUGAAUAGUUGCACUCACAACCUUAUAAUCCAAGGAUUUCUUCGAAACGGUGACACAUCAAAUGCAGUACAACUAAUCGAAGAGAUGGCAGGUAGAGGGCUCUCUGCAGAUUCAUCUACAUUUCAGAUGUUAUUGGAUCUGGAAUCUUAUGAUGGAAUCAUAAGACGGUUUCUACAUGGAAACUCUCAAGGUAGAAAAAUGAAGUGAAAUUUUCCUAUCAAGUGCAGUUUCCAUGUAUUGGCUUUCUUCAAAAUAGUUAGUUUUUUGUACCCCUUCAAGUUACUGCACUCAUAUUUUCAGCUUUGAUGAGUGAUUUCUCAAAUACGAAUAGAUGAUCCAUUAAUUGUUUAUA